UUAAUCCAGUGACCUGGAUUGAGCCUGACUGGAGAAGCACGUCUGACGUAUUUAGAGCACUGAAGCCAGGAGCUAUUCUAUUGCUACUUACAGAAAGAAAGAGAGAGAGAGAGAAGAGAGAGUCAGAGAGACUCCCUCCCUCUUGCUCUCUCCCACUCUUACACACUCAGAAAGAAAGAAACACUCACACACCUCGAAGGGAAGCAGUGGAGCUGCUGGAGAAUGGGCUGAGCGAGGCAGAGAGAAGAGCACACAGAAGAUUACAGGACUGAGAGAGAGAGAGAGAAAGAGAGAAAACAACAAAGAUUAGAGGUAACACAGAGCAGAGAGAUUUAGGGAGUGAUAGAGCGAGGUUGAAGGAGUGAAUCAUUGUGGAACAGAAGGGAGCCGUGGAGACGGAGCGAACGAGGGAGAGAGUGUCUGUGUCUGUGGCGGGACAGCAGACACACACCGCUCGUGCCGGACUGAUUGCUCACACAAACUCUCCCGGUCAGACACACAGCACCAUGGUGGUGCAGGCAGCAGUGACCCCCGGCAGGACCCGCAGACUGCUCCUCAAGCUGCCUGUGGGGACCCUGAGGAGGAACAGUGAGGAAAGGAUGACAGAGGGGCGGAGAUGUCAGGUCCAUCUCCUGGACGACAGGAAAUUAGAGCUGCUUGUGCAGCCCAAGCUGAUGGCGAAGGAUCUCCUGGACCUGGUAGCAUCCCACUUCAAUCUGAAGGAGAAGGAGUAUUUUGGAAUCGCCUACACAGAUGACACGGGCCACUUCAGCUGGCUGCAGUUGGACAGACGUGUUCUGGAACACGAAUUCCCCAAAAAAUCCGGCCCCAUUGUUCUCUACUUCUGUGUUAGGUUUUAUAUAGAGAGCAUUUCUUACUUGAAGGACAAUGCCACCAUUGAGCUGUUCUUUCUCAAUGCCAAGUCCUGCAUUUAUAAGGAGCUCAUCGAGGUGGACAGUGAAGUAGUGUUUGAACUGGCCUCCUACAUAUUGCAGGAAGCCAAAGGAGACUUCACGAGUAAUGACGCCACGCGCUCUGACCUAAAGAAGCUGCCUGCCCUGCCCACACAGGCACUGAAAGAGCACCCGUCCCUCGCUUACUGUGAGGACCGAGUCAUUGAGCACUAUAAGAAGCUGAGUGGGCAGUCCAGGGGCCAGGCUAUUGUCAAUUACAUGAGUGUAGUGGAGUCACUGCCUACAUAUGGAGUGCAUUACUAUGCGGUUAAGGACAAGCAGGGGAUCCCAUGGUGGUUGGGGUUAAGUUAUAAGGGCAUCUUUCAAUAUGACUAUCAGGACAAAGUAAAACCUAGGAAGGUGUUUCAAUGGAGGCAGCUGGAGAAUCUGUACUUCAGAGAAAAGAAGUUCUCAGUGGAAGUUCAUGACCCUAGAAGCAGGGCGUCGGUCACGCGAAGGACAUUUGGGCACAGUGGCAUCGCUGUGCACACCUGGUACGCCUGCCCUGCCCUCAUCAAAUCCAUCUGGGCCAUGGCCAUCAGCCAGCACCAGUUCUACCUGGACCGCAAACAGAGCAAGUCAAAGAUCCACGCAGCCCGCAGUCUAAAUGAGAUAGCCAUUGACCUCACUGAGACAGGCACUCUGAAGACCUCUAAACUUGCCAACAUGGGCAGCAAGGGCAAAAUCAUCAGCGGUAGCAGCGGAAGCCUUCUGUCCUCAGGUUCUCAGGAAUCAGACAGUUCUCAGACCGCUAAGAAGGACAUGUUAGCUGCUUUGAGGGCUAGGCAGGAAGCCCUGGAGGAGACUCUGCGGCAGAGGAUAGAGGAGCUCAAGAGCAUCUGCAUCAGAGAAGCGGAGCUGACUGGAAAGCUCCCAAAAGAGUAUCCUCUAGACCCAGGAGAGGAGCCACCCACAGUACGACGCAAAAUCGGCACUGCCUUCAAACUAGACGAACAGAAAAUCCUUCCCAAAGGAGAGGAGGAAGAGUUGGAGCGUUUGGAGAGGGAAUUUGCUAUCCAGUCUCAGAUAACGGAGGCAGCGCGGCGCUUAGCAAGUGAUCCUCAUGUGAGCAGUAAGAAGCUGAAGAAGCAGAGGAAGACCUCGUACCUCAACGCACUGAAGAAACUACAGGACAUUGAGAACGCCAUCAAUGAGUACCGCGUCCGCUCCGGCAAGAAACCCACCCAGAGAGCCUCACUCAUCAUAGAAGAAGCUAAUAUCGGCUCAGAAGACAGCUCUCUAUCCGACGCUCUGGUGCUAGACGAUGAUGACCCCCAGGUGACAGGGACCCCCACCUUCUCUCCAGUUGCAUCCCCACAUAAAGGCCUUCCUCCUCGACCGCCCUCUCACAGCAGGCCCCCUCCCCCACAGUCUCUGGAAGGACUGAGGCACCUUCACUACCAGCGCAGUGAUUACGACAAGUCCCCUAUUAAACCUCGCAUGUGGAGCGAGAGCUCACUGGACGAGCCCUAUGAGAGGGUGAAGAAACGCUCAUCUCACUCCAGUAGUCACAGGCGGUUCCCCAGCACAGGCAGCUGUGAGGCUGGAGGGAGUAACUCUCUGCAGAACAGUCCAGUGCGCACCCUGCCCCACUGGAACAGCCAAUCCAGCAUGCCCUCUACUCCUGACCUGAGGACCAGGAGCUACGUCCACUCAGCCAGCCUAUCGCAGCCCUUCCGUGGCCGGAGCUCCAGUCUGGAGUCUCAAGGGAAGCUGCUGAACAUGGAGGCGGAGUCAGAGGCAGGGCUCAGCCCAGACCUCUUCCUGUCGGGAGCUCAGCGAACAGGGAGCAACGGCUCAGUCGCCCCUGAUGACUGCUCAUCCUGCACCAGCCACUCGAGCUCGGAGCACUACUACCCUUCGUCCGGCUCCAACCCCAACUACUGCACGCUGGCCGAGGACUCACCGUCUAAAGCUCGGCAAAGGCAGCGGCAGCGUCACAAGUCUGCCGGCCACUUGGGAGCUUCCAGCUCGGGCAGCAUGCCUAACCUGGCCGCCCGAAACGGCGGAGGCGGCACCCACGGCAGCGCCGGCGUGUGUGGUGGCCACCAGGGCGUUUAUCUGCACAGCCAGAGCCAGCCAUCCUCGCAGUACCGUAUCAAGGAGUACCCGCUGUACACAGAGGGCACCAGCCCUGGAGCCGUGGUGGUGCGCAGCCUAGAGAACGACCAGGAGGGUCACUACAGCGUGAAGGCCCAGUUUAAAACCUCCAACUCAUACACGGCCGGCGGCCUCUACAAGGAGGGCUGGGGAUCCGGUGAGGAUGGUGAAGGGGGCAGUGGCAGUGGACGGCUCACCCCAUCUAGGUCUCAAAUAGUCAGGACUCCGUCUCUGGGGAGAGAGGGGGGAGGAGGGGGAGGGGGGAGAGCAGCCGUGUCCGAGGAGCUCAGGUGCUGGUACCAGCGCUCGUCCGGAUCGCUGAAGGAACACUCACGCGUCACACACACCAGCUCCAACGCGUCAGAUGGCCGUGGAGGGAGAGUUGGGACACUUGUGAAGGGCUCACCAGCUGCCUCUCCACACAGCCAGAGAAGUGGAACUCCAUGCAGUGAGUCCGCAGCCACUCCACCCUGCAGCCCCCAGCACAUACUCAACUGGCAGAGCGGAUCGUUCAGCGAUAGCUGUUUCCUGAGCAGUCCCCUGUGCUCUGAGCUAGCAGAUGUGCAGUGGUAUGGACACGAGAAGGCCAAGCCAGGAACACUCGUCUAAACUCAUCCUCAGUCCUCCUUCGUCCAUCCUUCUCUCCAUGGAACAGUGUUCUCCAGGCAGGUCUGUCCAUGGGCUUGACCUCAACACAUCUAAGACAAACCUACAGCUGGAGCCAAUACCCCAACCCCCCUUCUCUGUGCAUAUCCAGCGGUACAGUGGCUCUGGACUCUAGGAUUACAGGGGUCAGACUGAACUGGACUAAAGUGACCGAAAAUUGACCUUUCUGACCUUUUUCCCACUGCUUACCUUUCAAACUCUGAACUGUGACCCAGUUAGCUGCCAGCCAGUUGCUCCGUAUGCACAAUAAAGAAAACCCUCAUCAUCUGAUCCCGUCGCUGGAGUGAUGCGCAAGGCAUGUGGCCUCUCUGUUUUGGAGAUAUGUGUAUAUGUACGUGUCUGCAUUUUAGUGAACAACUCCCCCACAUUUGCGUACUCGAGCACACGUCUGUCCCAUGCUGUGGUGUGUGUGUGUAAUUCUGCACUGAAAAUAGAGAGUUCAGAUCUCUCCCUCUCUAUCACACGCAUUCCUGAGAAAUACGUUGCUGCUGUCAUUCAUCUUGUUCGUAGAGCUUCAUAUGCUCUGUUCCGUCAAAGUAAACACAAUAAAUCACAAGCCCCACACGCGCUGUCUACAAGAGUGAACCUUAAGCCCCUGCUUCUGCCUGUGGACAUUCUGGUUUUUCGUUUUAUAAUGUUCUGUAAAAAAAUAUGUAUAAAUAAAUAUAUAUAUAUACCUCUAUAGAAAUGAGUUUAUAGACCACGGACAACAGCAGCAGCACCACCUCGGAUGCAUACCAUCAAAUAAGCAGCAUUCUCUGUAUUGUUCCAUUAAAAAUUGCCCUGUCAGGAAAAUGUAAGAUUCCCCUGGAGUGAGUAAUACUCAACAACAGUGUAUAAAGCUAGCCACAACUGGCACUUCAUUGACAACUGUGACUGGUUCAAACAACACACUUCAAUUACAGUGACGUGUCAAAAAUACACUGAAAAAAGUAAUGCACUGAAGUGUAUAGACCAUUUACACAUGAAGAAAAUAUAUUAAUGACACAAUUAUUGCCAAAAGUAAGUCAGUUGAGAGCCAAAUGUGGUGAUACAGUACUGAGCAAAGCUCAUGAUUUAUUUAAUUUCCAGUCAAAACAGCCAUUAAAUGCAAGUUAUUCAUUUAUCAGUGUCAGAAGAAAAAAGCAGAAAACAUUUAACAGAAAGAAACAAAGCAUAAUUACACAGAAACCUCAAUAAUUGAACACUACAUCGGUAUUUUCAAUCUGCAGGAAUAUUUUUCCACACCUCCAAGUUCAGUCUUAGAAGUUGGUUGCACUUUCUUCAUUUCAUAGUCCAAGUAAUCUCAAACACAUA